GGAGGAGUGAGGUUUCCGGCGCGAGGCGCCGUCAUCGCGCUUCUAGUCUAGGCCCAGAUGGCGGCCCAGGUGGUUCGCACGCGGUUUCCCCGAGAGGCGCCCUCGGCUUCGGCGGCCGCUACUCUGGAGACGACGAGGCCUGGGAUUUCAAAUAUGCUUACAUUAGAGAAUGAUUUCUUCAAUUCUCCCCCAAGAAAAACUGUUCGGUUUGGUGGUAAUGUACCAGAAGUCUUGCUGAAAUACAAAAAGGGUGAGACAACUGACUUUGAGUUGUUGAAGAACCAGCUCUCAGACCCAGACAUAAAGGAUGAGCAGAUCAUUAGCUGGCUGCUGGAGCUCCGCUCUUCCAUCAUGUACUUGACCAAAGACUUCGAACACCUGAUUAGCAUUGUGUUGAAAUUGCCUUGGUUGACUAGAAGUCAGGCAGUGGUGGAGGAGUACUUGGCAUUUCUCGGUAAUCUUGUGUCAGCCCAGACUGUCUUCCUUAGGCCCUGUCUUGGCAUGCUGGCUUCCCACUUCGUACCUCCACGAGUGAUCAUUAAGGAAGGUGACAUAGAUGUUUCGGAUUCCGAUGAUGAAGAUGACAAUCUUCCUGCGAUUUUUGACACAUGUCACCGAGCCUUGCAAAUAAUAGCGAGAUAUGUCCCAUCGACACCAUGGUUUCUUAUGCCGAUACUGGUGGAAAAAUUUCCAUUUGUAAGAAAAUCUGAGAGAAUUCUGGAAUGUUACGUCCAUAACUUACUAAGGAUCAGUGUUUAUUUUCCCACCCUGAGGCAUGACAUUCUGGAACUUGUUAUUGAGAAGCUGCUCAAGUUGGAUGUCAAUGUUUCCUGCCAGGACAUUGAGGACGCCGAGGAGGCUGCGGCCCACGCUCAGGCUGGGACCGACUCUGCUGAAGGACUGUUCAACAUGGAUGAAGAUGAAGAAACAGAGCAUGAAGCAAAGGCUGACCCAGAGCUGCGGGUUCAGAUGGCCCAUCCUGUAGCUGAGCGCCUGGACAUCCUACUGGCUUUGCUUUUGUCCUACAUCAAGGAUGUCUGCUAUGUGGAUGGUAAGGUUGACAACAAUAAAACCAAGGACUUGUAUCGUGAUCUUAUCUCCAUCUUCGAUAAACUGCUGUUGCCUACCCAUGCCUCCUGCCAUGUCCAGUUUUUCAUGUUUUACCUCUGCAGCUUCAAAUUGGGAUUUGCAGAGGCUUUUUUGGAACAUCUGUGGAAAAAGUUACAGGAUCCAAAUAAUCCUGCCAUCAUCCGGCAGGCUGCUGGGAAUUACAUUGGGAGCUUUCUGGCAAGAGCAAGAUUUAUUCCUCUUAUCACUGUGAAGUCCUGCCUGGAUCUUUUGGUUAACUGGUUGCACACGUACCUUAAUAACCAGGAUUCGGGAGCCAAGGCUUUUUGUGAUGUCUCUCUUCACGGUCCAUUUUACUCAGCCUGCCAAGCUGUGUUCUACACGUUCGUUUUUCGACACAAGCAGCUUUUAAGUGGAAAUCUGAAGGAAGGUUUGAGGUAUCUGCAGGGUCUGAAUUUUGAGCGGCUGGUGAUGAGCCAGUUGAACCCUCUGAAGAUCUGCCUUCCGUCUGUGGUGAACUUUUUUGCUGCUAUCACGAAUAAAUACCAGCUGGCCUUCUGCUAUACCAUUAUCGAGAGGAACAGCCGCCAGAUGCUCCCGGUUAUCCGAAGUACCGCCGGAGGGGACACGGUGCAGACCUGCACCAACCCACUUGACACCUUCUUCCCCUUCGACCCCUGCAUGCUUAAGAGGUCCAAGAAGUUCAUUGAACCCCUUUACCAGCAGUGGGAAGACAUGAGCGCCGAGGAGCUGCAAGAGUUUAAGAAACCAGUGACAAAGGUGGCAGUAGAAGAUGAGGACGAUGAUUUCCUGAAAGGCGAAGCAGCCCAGAGUGAAGCCACCAUCGGGCUCACGCCAAGCUCAUUCGACGCCCACUUCCGCAGCCCUUCUAGCAGCGUGGGGUCGCCCCCCGUGCUAUACGUGCCGGGCCAGUCCCCGGUUGUUUCAAGGAUCUGUGACUGAGGCUCGCUGUCCUUCAAAGGAGGCCAUUGGCUCCUUUAGACUAGAGGCCUGCCAUGGGCCAUGCCGGUCGGGCGGACCCCACGAGUGGUGAACAGACGUGUCUUUGUCUCCUCUUUUGGUUCUCUUCAGAUGAGAAGCAAAGACUUGAGUGUCUAUCACGAGUGGCAGGACAGUGGGCUAGUGGGAAGGGCGUGUUGGUUUUUGUGUGUACGUGGCUUGUAUUGUGGGCCCUACAAGUUUCAGCUGGUGGCCAUUUCCACAUGGGUUUUUGAUCCAUGCAAGGCCUCUCGGAUGAGCCCUCCUGGGGAGGACUCGGGGUACAGGUCCUUUCGUCUGCCGUGUUUGCUCUCCAAUGGUUUGUUUUGUGUGUUGGGUGUUCAUCCCGCAUGGAAGGAAGGGAGCCACUUUGCAGCCCCAGAGGGGCGCAGGGAAGGGGCGAGCUCUGCGGGGUCACCUGUAGUCAGUGCUCUGCAGUUCAGAAAUGGGUUCCUGCUGACCGGAAGCAGCCUGCCAGUUGUAAGCUGCUUCCUGCCCAAGUCACAGUGGGUUCUUUUGGCCUGGCAUCAGUUGGUUAUUUUGAGAAUUUUCUUUGUCCAAACUGGAAAACAAUCUUCUCGAUUGUUUUGUGGCCAGUGGCCCCUUGUCCUCAGUGUGGGUGUGACGCUGAGCGUGUCACAUGUUCAACUGUUGCUUAAAGCCCAAGCUUGUUUACUUGUAUUUGUGAAAAUGGCCAUUUUUAUGCAUAUUUAUUUUUCUCCACUUGUAUUUAUUUAAAAUGGAGCAAUAUUUUCUUGAUCACAGAUAUUUUGUAAUGAAUGACUUCCUCUUCGGGGCUUUCUGUGAGGGCUCUUCCGUCAUUACAUUGGCUGCAAUGUAGUGUUUUCAUUCCAGUCUGUAAAUAACCUUUUUGGAAAAAAGAAAUUUGUAUUGUUUUAAAAAUCCCUGGGGUUCUGGUGAACUGCUGACAAAAGGUAGCCUUCGUGUACAGGAUAAAAUCGAGUCCCCUGCAGAGGGAGGGAUGUGUCUGUGACUUAGGAAGUAGUUAUGGGGUAUAAGGUUAAUUUACAAAUAAGUCUGUUCAGCUUUAAAGGGGGUUGACUAAAAAGUAUCAUGAAAAUAAUGUAAUCUGAAAUUUUCACUCAUGCCAAUAAAUGGGGUUAUCUUAACGAAGACAAUUCACAUAAAUAUUCUUAGGAUUUCUGAGUUUGCUUUAAAACAACAACUCUAAAGCUGAUUGGGGAUGCUAAAGUACUGUUUCUGCAUGGGACAGCAGCUCCCAGACCUUGCUGCUUGAGAGGAAACUGCCUUGUUUGGGCAGUUCAGAAA